CUCUCUGGUGGUUCCCUUCUUGGCGUUCCCCGCGGCCGCACUAGUGGAGGCCAGGGAACGCGCGCCAUGGAGCACGUGACGGAGGGUUCAUGGGAGACGCUGCAGGUGCCGCUGCAUCCUCGGGUGCUGGGCGCGCUGCGCGAGUUGGGCUUUCCGCACAUGACGCCGGUGCAGUCUGCCACCAUCCCUCUGUUCAUGAAAAACAAGGAUGUCGCCGCAGAAGCUGUGACAGGUAGUGGAAAAACCCUGGCUUUUGUCAUCCCCAUUGUGGAGAUUCUUCUGAGGAGGGAGGAGAAGUUAAAGAAGAGCCAGGUAGGAGCCAUCAUCAUCACCCCCACUCGCGAGCUGGCCAUUCAGAUCGAUGAGGUCCUGACCCACUUCACGAAGCACUUCCCGCAGUUCAGCCAGAUUUUGUGGAUCGGAGGCCGGAAUCCUGGAGAAGAUGUGGAGAGGUUCAAGCAGCAUGGUGGGAACAUCAUUGUGGCAACCCCAGGCCGCCUGGAGGACAUGUUCCGGAGGAAGGCUGAGGGUCUGGACCUGGCCAGCUGUGUGAGGAGCUUGGAUGUCCUGGUGCUGGAUGAGGCAGACAGACUUCUUGACAUGGGCUUUGAAGCAAGCAUAAACACGAUCCUGGAGUUUUUGCCAAAGCAGAGGAGAACAGGCCUUUUCUCAGCCACACAGACACAGGAAGUGGAGAACUUGGUGCGGGCGGGCCUCCGGAACCCUGUCCGAAUCUCCGUGAAGGAGAAGGGCGUGGCAGCCAGCAGCACUCAGAAGACACCCUCCCGCCUAGAGAACCAUUACAUGAUAUGUAAAGCAGAUGAGAAAUUCAAUCAGCUGGUCCAUUUCCUUCGGAACCGUCAGCAGGAGAAGCACCUGGUCUUCUUCAGCACGUGUGCGUGUGUGGAAUACUAUGGAAAGGCCCUGGAGGCCCUGCUGAAGAGAGUGAAGAUCCUGUGCAUCCAUGGGAAGAUGAAGUACAAGCGCAAUAAGAUCUUCCUGGAGUUCCGCAAGCUGCAGAGUGGGAUCUUGGUGUGCACUGACGUGAUGGCCCGGGGAAUUGAUAUUCCUGAAGUCAACUGGGUUUUACAGUACGACCCUCCCAGCAAUGCCAGUGCCUUUGUGCAUCGCUGUGGACGCACAGCCCGCAUCGGCCACGGUGGCAGCGCUCUGGUGUUCCUGCUACCGAUGGAGGAGGCGUACAUCAACUUCCUGGCCAUCAACCAGAAGUGCCCCCUGCAGGAGAUGAGCCUCCAGAGGAACACGGUAGACCUUCUGCCGAAGCUCCGGGCCAUGGCCACGGCCGACAGGGCAGUGUUCGAGAAGGGCAUGAAAGCCUUCGUGUCCUUCGUCCAGGCUUACGCGAAGCACGAGUGCAGCCUCAUCUUCAGGCUGAAGGACCUUGACUUUGCCAGCCUUGCCCGAGGGUUUGCCCUGCUGAGGAUGCCCAGGAUGCCAGAACUGAGGGGGAAGCAGUUCCCAGACUUUGUGCCCACGGACAUCGACACUGAUACGAUUCCAUUUAAAGAUAAAGUUAGAGAAAAACAGAGGCAGAAGCUGUUGGAGCAAAAAAGAAAAGAGAGAACAGAAAAUGAAGGGAGAAGAAAAUUCAUCAAAAACAAAGCUUGGUCGAAGCAGAAGGCCAAAAAGGAGAGGAAGAAGAAGAUGAAUGCCAAGAGGAAGAAGGAUGAGGGUUCUGAUAUCGAUGACGAGGACAUGGAGGAACUCCUUAAUGAUACAAGGCUCUUGAAAAAGUUUAAAAAAGGGAAAAUCACAGAAGAGGAAUUUGAGAAAGGGCUGUUGACACACACCAAAAGCACAGUCCAGCUGACAGACUUAGGGGUCUCAGACUCAGGAGAGGACAGUUGACCUCAGAGCAUCCGGUGAAGGUCAUUACAAAGCUGGCCCCACACCCCUGCCCUUCCUGGAAGACUGUUCUGGAGAGCGAUCUGUGCAGAUUGGGAGAAGCCACAGGACUGCACACUCCCAAGUACUACGAUUCUGCCAGAGGCUCUGAGAGGCCUUCGUUAUUUGAGUGUAAAUAACAGAUGUCAGUAUUUAUUUUGAUUGAUUGUACUCUUUUUCUGGAGUGGGUUUUGUACAAUAAAGUAUAUAUGUAUAUACUUAUUUUAAA